UUAUACGAAAAGAUUUGAAGGUCAACCAUGUAUAAAAUAAACGAAUAGGUUGUGUAUAAGUCUCGGUAUAGGUAUUAGAUACGAAAAUUCGCCGGUUUUUUGUGUACACAAGCGUUUUAGUUUAUAUGAUUCUUUACACCGAAUCACGUCACAACACCUUUUUUUAUCAUUCCAACAUAAAACAUUGUUUUCGUUGAAAUAUUUCACAACAUCAUGGACGGACAUUGUGAUAAAUUGAAAUUAGCUGCCGCUAUUAUCAUUCCAAACAUUGGAAGUUUCGUACAAAAGCAUUACGUUGAGGGCUUAAAAGUUCCCGGUGGUCCAUGCUGGUAUACGAAUCUCAAGAAACCGUGGUACACACCACCAAAUUAUGUGUUCCCACCAAUGUGGCUGGCCAUGUACACAAGCAUGGGAUACGCUUCGUAUCUAGUUUGGCGAGACGGAAACGGCUUCAAUGACCGAACGGCUUGUGCAUUUCUGUGGUACGGCAGUCAUUUGAUUUCUCAGGUUGUGUGGUCGCCGAUUUUCUUCAAGCAUCACAGCAUGAAAUGGAGCUUCAUCGAUAUUUCUAUAUCGACUGCAGCUGCUAUCGGAACUGCUGUAACAUUUUACAAUAUUAACGAGACCGCAGGAAAAAUACUGAUUCCUCAUUUAGUCUGGAUGGGUUUCCUAACUUUUUGGAAUUAUGUGACUUAUAAGAAAAAUACUGGAGGAAGCGACAAGGAAAUAAAAGAAAAUUGAUUCGUCAGCGAAGGCACCAACAUCAACUGUCGGUUGUGAAUAAAAUCGUUUAAUUUGAC